UUCCUGAGCUGCAUUAAUUUUCCAAUUAAAAUUCUGGCUCCGUGCAUUUUAUUUUUAUAUUUCUAUUUCUUCAUUUUAAUAGAUACAAAUUCAAAAAAUAUGAAAGACACAACGAACUUUCCACCUCUUAAGAACGAUAAUGUUCUCAGAGCAGCUCGCGGUGAACCCGUGGACCGAGUUCCUGUUUGGGUUAUGCGACAAGCCGGUCGUUAUUUGCCAGAAUUUCAAGAAGUCCGCAAAGAGCAUGACUUCUUUGAAGUCUGCCAGACUCCAGAAAUAGCCUGUGAAGUUACUAUGCAACCUUUGCGUCGAUUCGAUCUUGAUGCAUCCAUAAUCUUUUCAGAUAUUCUGGUCAUACCUCAGGCAUUUGGAAUGACUGUUGAAAUGCAUCCUGGAGUUGGUCCAGUUUUUCCUCAACCUUUAGACACACCUGCCGAUUUGGCUAAAUUGACUCCCGAUGGAGCUGUUAGCCGAUUGACUUAUGUCGGUGAUGCCAUCACAAUGAUGAGGCAUAAACUCGAUGGCAAAGUUCCUCUAAUUGGAUUCACUGGAGCACCAUGGACCCUAAUGGGUUACAUGAUCGAAGGUGGUGGCAGCAAAACUAUGUCCAAAGCCAAAUCAUGGCUAGAGAAUCAUCCAGAAGAUUCCAAGAAACUCCUUUCCAUGCUUACAAAUGGAAUUGUAGAUUACUUGGAAAUGCAAGUUAAAGCUGGUGCUCAGAUGCUUCAGGUUUUCGAAUCUAGCGCUGAACAUCUGCCAAAAGAAACAUUCCUCGACAUUGCAGUGCCUUAUAUAAAACAGAUUCGUGAUGAUCUGGUUGAGAGGCUUGAUAGUCAAGGAAUUCCUAUUGUUCCUAUGGUUUUGUUUGCCAAAGGAGCUGGACAUUCACUUAAAGAACAAUCUAAAUUGGGCUAUGAUGUGAUUGGUCUGGAUUGGACAGUUGAUCCUAUCGAAGCGAGGAAGGAGGUUGGUCCAAAUAUAACAUUGCAGGGCAAUUUAUGGCCAGAGGAUAUGUAUAAGACACCGGAAGAGAUUCGUGCUCUAACCACAGAGAUGGUAAAGAAGUUUGGAAAGACAAGAUAUAUUGCGAAUCUUGGACAUGGUAUUACCCCCAAGACACCAAUAGUCAGUAUGGAGACUUUUGUUGACGCGGUACACAAUGCUCUUUAAGAACACCAGACUGCCUUAUAUUGUAUUUUUUUUUUAUUAAAUUGGGAUUUCUUAGAAAUACAAAAAUGUUAUGAACAAAAACUAUCGGGAAUAAAUAUCUACUUUGGA